CUAAGCAAGCUUUUCACCGCUCCCUUCAGUUAAUUAAUUAUUAAGUUCAGGGGUUGUCGAUCUGAAACAGCAUAAUAUUAAUCUACGCCGGCAGCCUUUCUUAUCCUCUACAUUCCAUCUACGUUAUAUUAUCUGACCCGGUCAAAGUUCUGUUACUAACGGGCUGCUGCUAGGUUCCACGAAGUUACUCUGUCUAGCCGGCUUUUCUUUUCACUUACCAUCUAUCUAUAUCCCACUUCCUCAGAUGCCGCCACAGACGACAUCGUCACUCAAGACAUAUUUUGACGAGUUACAAGAGACCAACGGUGAUGAUGAAUGCAGGGCUUGGUUAAAUAAAGCUUUUGACUCAAGGGCUGAAUUAGCAAUCUUUGUUGCUAGUCGCCGAGCCGGAGUGGGAACUGGAAAGUAUGUGGGUUUUCUUAAGGGUUCCUUCAACUUCAGCUUCCGCUUCAGCUUCAGCGAUGGAGGGCCGGACGCUAUUAUUCGAUUCCCCAAACCGGGACACACGGCUACAGCUUAUAGGGACGAAAAGGUUACAAACGAGGUCCAGAUCAUGGAAUACCUUCGCCAAAACACUGAUAUUCCUGUCCCUCGCAUUCACAGCUGGGGCUUAAUUGCUGAGAGCCCACAACAACUUGGUCCAUUUAUUAUCAUGGAUUAUGUUGAUGGAGAGCUUUUGUCGACUAUCUUAAAGCAACCAGAUCAAGAAGACGUGGUUUUAAACCCAAACAUCGACAACACAGUACUAGAAAAGAUUUAUCAUCAAAUCGCCUAUUACAUGCUUCAACUUUCUCAACUUACGUUUACUCACAUCGGAGCCAUCUCGAAGGAUCACGCUUCGGAUACAUGGCACGUUGCCGGGCGGCCAUUAACAUACAACAUGAACGAGUUGGUGACUGUUGCUGGCUACCCUGAUGGUCAGUUUCCUACCGCACGGUUUGACCGUGCAAGCGAUUACCUGAGAUCAGUCGCGAACGAGCACCUGGCCCACCUUUGGACCCAGCGCAACCUCGCCGAUGAUCCGGAAAUAGCUCAGUGGCGGUUCAUUGCCCGUCAUCGGUUUGCACAGCUUAUCCCAAAGUACUGUACUAAGGACAGUGGGCCAUUUAUACCCUUUUGCGACGACAUGCGACCCUCAAACAUGCUUGUAAACCCAGAAACACUCCGUAUUACCGCUGUGCUCGAUUUUGAGUUCACAAAUUCCAUGCCGGCCGAGUUCACGUAUGACCCGCCUUGGUGGUUGUUGCUAUCUGGACCAGAAAUGUGGCUUGACCGCGGCUCUAUGAACGAAUUUUUGGCCCUCUAUGAGCCCAGAAUGGAGCAGUUCCUGCAAGCGUUAGAAGAAGUGGAAAAGGAAACAGCAUUAGGGCGCAAGCAAUCCGAUAGACCACUUCUUUCUACCCAGAUGCGCGAAUCAUGGAGGACUGGGCGUUUCUGGUUUGAUUAUGCAGCAAGAAAGAGCUUUGAUGUGGACACCAUCUAUUGGGCUGCACUACAUGACGGUGAUGUGGAUGUUGAGUUACUGGACGACAAGGCACAUGCAGAGAUGGAGUCAUUUAUACAAACAAAAAUGGAGCAGCUGAAGGCAUAUAAAGAAGAGUGCACUGCUCGUUUUUCUUCAGAGAGGUAGCGGGUAUGUGGAGAUACCGUUUUAAUCUUCCAUCAAUCUCACUUCUGUUUCCUCAGUCAUCAAGAAUCAAUACGAGGGAGAUGAAAGAUUUGAGUGUGUGUCACAAGGCAUGUGCCGUACUCUUUCAUGAAUCUGUCAAAGGCCGAGAUGAAAAAAUAGAGCUUUCUUCACAGUUGUUUAAAAGGCCACAUAAUUGUCUACACAUUUAGAGUGACAUAUACUGGCUAAAAGUCUCAGGAUCAAUAUUCAAAUUGAGAGAUAAAGAGACUCAAAAUAAAGCGAAUAUAUAGAGUUUUAGGUUGAGAGGAGCUCAUCCCGGUAUCUC